AUGUCUGUGUUCGAGCAUUCGCUCGCCUUCGCAGAGGCUGAGACAAUGAUCACUUCCACUCUAUCCAUGCUGGCAAAGGAAGUCCGAGCGGCAAAAGCGGCCAGUGCAUCGUUGUCAGCCACCUCAACGACCACCACUGCUAUCGCGGCAGCAACGCCAAAAACUAUGGUAAUGGCCUCGGGAACCAUGAUGGCCUUGAGCGACGCUCUCAGUGCCUUGGCGCGCCCUCACAUUCUCGAUCGCAUCAAUGUGCCUGUCGAGGUCCUCUUGGUCGCCCUCUUGUCUACUUGUAAUGCUCUGUCCUCGCAUCUGCUCGCAGUGCUUGGGAAACAGAAGCAGUGGCGUCUGGUCAACACAGCAAUCUGGGGCUGUCUGUUCAUGAGCUCCUUUGCCUGGGGCUUCUCGAACACCAGUCUCAUGUCGCGCGUGGAGGAAGGCGAUACGAGACCAGUGUCCAGCUUGUUGCAUUUUCCAACAGUUGCGAUUGUUGGCUUCCUACCUCAUAUGCUUAUCCUUGUCGGCAUGGCGGUAUGCUUCGUGAUCUACUGCAUAGCCCUCACUCUUACGGCGGUCUCGCUGAGCACCAAUCCAGCUAUUCCGCAACCAAGCAGCCUCAAAGAGCGCUUUACGAUAGCCCACGACAACUUGACAGCUGCGAUCCAGCUGCGUGGUCUUCAGCUACGUUGGUCUGAGGACUUCUACACAGCCCUGCUACGAAUAGGCUUCACUGCGUUGACAGCUGCUUCCGAAGCUGUAUUCCUGAAUGAGGGUCGAUCGGUGGAGAUGAGACACUUUACAUGGCUUGAAGAGGAACGUCUCGACGAAAUACAACAGUCUCGAAAUCCACCUUUCCAGAUCCUCGAAGAGUACGGCGUGCCCUCUUCAAGUCCCGGUGGCGUCGAUAAGGGAGGUGUAUGGGAGUCAGGAUAUGCUAAGGAGCGGAAGUUUGACAAGAAGGAGAAUGAGCUCAAGGGCAAGGACUCCUUUGCGUAUCCUACGCCGAGGCAGGAUGGAGUCGGAGCUGUGCAGAGAACUACGCGUUACUAUCUGCUUUUCAUCUACAUUCGUGGCAUCAUGUUUCUGGUCGCUGGUUGGGUUGCAUAUGGGUUGGGAAAGCUGUUAGAUGGGUUUGGCAUAACAUCAAGGCCAAGGUGGCUGAGGAACAUUGUUGGCAGAUCUCUCAAGGAGGCGACGUUGCAAACGCAGAAGAUUAAUUCCGAAGCCGCCGACGGGACAGAGCUGUGGCAAGGCCGAGCACCCGAUGACUUGGCUAUGGACAUCGAAGAAGAGAUGCGAAGAAAUAUCACCGAAGAAGGAGAGGAGGCUGCCCGAAUACUCGACGACAGAAUGUAUGGGUGGUGGAAAGGUGGUGGCUGGUUUGGUACGCAGGACAACAGCGGAGACUUUCGCCCUCCUUUCGUCGACGAGGACACCACCAGUAUUAUCUCAAUGUCGACGGCUGCGAGCAGCACAAACGACGAGGCGGGUUGGGAAUCGGAGCCAGAGGGCACCCGAACGCCUACUCAACAGACUACAGGCAACCAGUGGUCGUUCUCCCGGAUCGAGACCUUCACACGAGAGUCCACUCCAUUCGCCGAGUCACACAUCGACACCCCUCUCGACCCAGCGACGCUGGCACGCCUCCUCAAUCCACCAGACGCCGCAUCGCGAGAGGAAAGCCGCAUGCUUGCUGCACAUCUCUCAGCAUCAGCUUCGUCUUCAGGCGCAGAUCAGAUCAUGACACGCUCCCGCUACCGGCAGCAGCUCGAACGCGACCGCGCACGUGUCUUGCUAGCUGGUCGGCGAACAGCCAAGGGCACCCCACCAGCAGGAUCUCCGAGUAUACCACUCUACCAAUCCCCAUCAUCGAAAGCGUCCCGACCGCUCACAGCAGACGAAGAAUCCACAGCACUAGAAGCAUUGCUUCUCAAGCGGCGAGGCACAGUCAACCCGUUCGCUGGACCCGCAGACAGAAGAGACGUCGGUACGCAACAAGACGGUGGCGAUACAGAUGCUGGGUCCGGCGUGCUAUGUGUGAUCGCCCACGGUCCGGUCCACCAGGUUCCCAAGGAGACGUUCAAGAUAACCUCGACCGCUCAGCCGAAGGAGUUCACCAUGGUUUCCGAUCAUGAUCGGGAGAUAACGUCACACUUCUGUCCGAAUUGCGGCACGACGCUCUACCGCACUGGUGGAAACCCUCAAGUAGCCAACAUGAUUGGUCUGCGCGCGGGAACCCUGGACGAUCAAGAGCCUCUUAGAGCGCAGGCACCGAUGAUUGAGGUCUAUGUUGACAAGCGGGCGAGCUGGCGGCCGAAGCUGGAGGGAGCAAUGCAGAUGAAUGGGCGGUAUGAGGCUGUCUGA